AUCUGCAUAUUGGGAUCUGUUUUUCAGGUGGGAAGGCCAAUGGAGGAGGAGCAGCAGCAGCAGCAGCGGGAGCCAGCGCCUCGGCAGAAGACGAUGCUUCCAGCGGGUAUCCGUGCGAUAUUCCGGCCCCCGGCAGGGAGGGGGGGCGUGCGGAGACGUUGCCGCCCUGGCCAGCGGGGCUUCAUCUGCUCAGAUUGCGGGAAGACCUUCGAGCACUCCUGCCAUUUUGAAAGGCACCUGCGGGUGCACACGGGCGAGAGGCCCUUCAAAUGCACCACCUGCGACAAGGACUUCAACCACAAGUCGAACCUGGUGCGGCAUGAGCGCACCCACACCGGGGAGCGGCCCUUCCAGUGCCAGACCUGCGGCAAGGAGUUUAGCCAGCCCUCCAACCUGGUCAAGCACCAGCUGACCCACACCGGGGAGAAGCCCUUCCGCUGUCAGACCUGUGGCCGCGACUUUAGCCGGCUCUCCAACCUCGCCACCCACCAACGCACCCACACCGGCGAGAAGCCCUUCCAGUGCCCCAUCUGCCUCAAGGAUUUUAGCCAGUCCUCCAUCCUCCGCCGGCACCAGCGCACCCACACCAAGGAGAAGAAGUACCGCUGCGUGGUAUAUGGAGCCGGGUCCCUCAGCGGGAGGCACGUCCUCUUGCAUGCCACCGAUAACACCAGUGUGUUGGAGGUGGGGCAUCUCCAGCUGAGCAGCCCGGAGCAGGCUGAGGCAGCGGAGCAGGACGAGUCCAGGAACUCCGACCCGUCCGACGGGCGAUACCAGGAGGCGGCCGCGGAGCUCUUUAUCUGCUCGGACUGCGGCAAAAGCUUCAAGACCAUGUCCAGGCUGGAGAAACACCAGGAGGAGCAUGCGGAGGAGAGCGCCCCGCCCGGCACCGACCGUUAGCCGCAACGGCCCUGGGAGGAGCUUCGCCAGAGAGAGAGAGAGAGCACUGGCAGAAGGCCUGUCCUAUCCGGUGCGGCUUCCUCCCUGCUUCGCGAGCCAGAGGCCUGUCUCUGGAUGAAGUGAAACCCGUUCCUUUAGUCGUGCUGUGACGUAAAGCAGAGUGCCACGCCUGGUUGGAUGAACCCUUUCUACUACUGUGCUCGGCAGCUGAGAUUGAUCUUGCAAUCCUCGCCGCCUCCAGGUUAAAACAAAUAGUCAGAUUUAUUUUCCAAUAGGUCAAUUACACAGAGGCUGGCACAAAACUAGUUUGUAGGAAACUUGAAUUAACGACGCAAAGUGUCCACGAAAUAAUGAAGAAUCCAUUCCGGUUAUUAAUGAACUUACUGACUGUUAACGUGAUGCGUUAACCCCCUCCCGCCAUUCCCAACCACCACCCCCACCCCACCCAUUUGAGGCAUUCGGCAAGCUGAGGCACUGAAGGUCUUGGGUUUCGGUCCUGCAUCUCUUUGGAAGUGGUGGCAAACGUUUUGAGACAUGAACUCUUGUGGUCGGGAUGUCAGAAUAUUGCUCUGUUUUUAGCUCUCCGGGUGCAAAUUGGAAUCACUUGUUUCAGGAUACAGCAGAAACCGUCCACUCCCCCAACACCACCUCCAUUCCAGACUUGCCGACAAGCCCGCCUUGCAUGAAUGAUGGAGGCAGGUUCAAUCGAGGCACUCGAGAGCGUUAGAUGAUUACUUGAAUAGAAACAAUGUGCAAGGCUACAGGGGAAACGGCAGGGCGAUGGUGUUAGGUCAUUGAGCUCGUUUGGAGAGCCGGUGCAGACACGAUGGGCCAAAUGGCCUCCUCCUGUGCCAUUAAAAUUCUGUGAAUGUUUCAGAUGCGUGGGACUCCACGCACACAGGAGAAACUCAGCUUGAUUUCAUUUUGAUGUAGAUUACUCUAGCGAUGGCUGCCCAUGCCUACCCUCCCCCUCCCCCUCCCCCCCACACCACAGCGAACCCCCUUUGGCAGUUCGAAUCAGAGACUCGCUUCCCCGCUAAGAUAAAGGAACCCUCUCAGGAUAACAAACCACCCCCAGGAGGCAGGCUUGAAUUGGGCCAGGCCAGAGCUGGACCUUUCUUUAACGGACUCCACUUUGAUCGCUGGCGCUCCUGGGAGGUGACAGU